CUAAAACCCCCGCAGUAUCCACCGAGGACAGCGUUAAGACCGCAUUUCCCCGCAUUGAAUAGCGCCGGUGUGGCCGUCUCGCACCCGUUGAUAAAUCCUUUCCCAUCCAUUUCUCGUGCCUGUAGACCAAUUGGCAAAUCCCAGCGUCUGGCGCAUCUUUCUGCACCUCUGCAUCUUCGAGGAAACAAAAUCAUGGAUCGUCCUGGCGAGAUACAGAAGCCCCGGGCGAAAACACGCCGCCCUCGCGCCGUCCUCGCGUGCGAGCUCUGUCGGAUAAAGAAGAACAAAUGCGACGAAGCACACCCGUGCAGCUAUUGUCGACAACGCAACGUUGAGUGCACGUACCGAGGCUCCAAUGGCUCCAUCCUCAAGCGAAGAUUCACUCCCGAAUAUGUACGCCAACUCGAAGAACAGGUCAAGACGCUGCAGUCUUCGUCGGAUACGCCCAGUGUGAUGCCAGCUCCCACGCCCGGAGCCGUCUUGACUCCCGGCGCCUUCUCCGAUCCAUCAUCGCCAAAGGCCUCCCCGAGCGUCGACCCAUCUCUACAGGGCUCCGUCGGCCAGAGCAGAGACUGGGGCUAUCAGGUGCCGUCGCCCAGCUGCAGCUCGAAGCAGAGCGCCCAGGAGUUCUCCGCCGUCAAUAUGCACACCCGAAGCGUCGAGUUCUACGGCAGCUCGUCGUCCGUCGCGCUGCUCUCGCGAGUCCAGAGAAAUGAGGAUCGCGACGUGUUUCUACCUGCGAAGGAGCAAGAGAGCGGGUCAAUCGUGUCAAAUCUUCAUAACCCGCGAUUCUCACCUGGCAUGAUGGACGGCAUUCAACAAUCCAUCAACUCCGACCCUGCGCCGUCGACUCCCGGCGUGUCGAUCCAUUACCACAAAUGUAGCGUCUUUAUCCACGCCUUUUUCUCUUCAAAUCAUUACAUACACCCGAUCUUAGACAAGCACCGAUUUCUGAAAAAGUGCGAACAGCUCUGGUCGGAGACGGAUGCGUCACAAAAUAGCAGCUUCAUCGCGCUGUACUAUAGCAUUUUAUCACUCGGCGCCCUCAUCAGUGUCCGGGAAGAAGAGCCAAUUGACGGCAUAUCUAACCGGCAAUGGAGUCGCAAGUUCUUCGACGAGUCACUGAGCCAUUGCUAUCGCCUCGGCAUGGUUACUGAUUUAGAAAUGGUCCAGUGCUAUUUCUUUCUCGCCAAGAUUUGUCAAAACGAGUUGAAUCCACACUGGGCAUACAUGUAUGUAGGACAGGCCGUGAGGACAGCACUAGCUAUAGGAAUCAACCGAGAGCCUCCAGCUCAUUUGCAACGAGAUGUUGAAUCACUCAAGGCCGAGUCACGAACGUGGUGGGGACUCUAUUCGCUCGAAAUGGAAAUGUCUUUUGCCAUGGGAAGACCUGAUACACUGGGCUCAGACCUUUAUCACAACCGCCGCCUCCCUGUCACAUAUGAGACCCAAGACUCAUCCACGCUUCCACAACAACAGGCACUCAUGGAGCCGCCACAUUGCGCCAUCAUCAAAUACAUGGUGGAUUUCUCACGAAUAACCAGGGCUCUUUGCCUCGGUAUUUAUCUGUCCGACCUCUCACUGCCAGAGCUAUUGGCACGGGCCAACCAACUCGAGCAAGACCUCAAUCGAUGGGUGGACAGCGUUCCUGAAGCCAUUCGUCCAUCUCGAACUUUUUCCCGCAAGACGUCAUUGAAGAGCGUUAAAGAUGCGCAGUACGCCAAAAGGCAACGGCUCGUACUGACAAUACGAUACCAUAACCUGAGGAUUCUGAUGUUUGGAUCCCUUCUGAUUAACUCAUCACCCGGGGAACGUGCAUCUGUGUCUGCGUCUGAGGGCAUUCAAAAGUGCCUCGACUCCGCAAAGCAGACUAUCGACAUCAUCUACCAUAUAUACCAACAUCACGAUUUCUUUCGUACCUGGUUUUACAAUAUUACCUACAUAUCGUUCGCCACGUCCAUCAUCCUAGUGUACCUCGGCCAGGGCGCGUCCGACAGCGAAGUACAAUCUCUAUCUGGUUUUAUAGAGAUGGCCAUCGAGAUUCUCGACACAAUGGAUGAGUGCGUGGUUGCCACCAAGGCCGCGGCGAUUAUCCAACAUGCAUUGGCGCAAGCUCAAGACAAAUCUGCGUCCCGCAUCAACGACGGUGCGAGGCGUGACGGAGCGCUUCCAUUCAAUCACCAGUGGGGGCCUUUAACACUAAUUGACGAGGUGUUUGAUGCGAAUUUGAUGUUUGAAACAGGAGUGUGGGACGAUCCCGAGGCUUUGCUGCGAUUUUUGGGAGACCCAGGGCCCGGGGAUCACAUUGACGAUGGAAUUGGAGAACCCCAAUUAGUUGGGCAAUGAUCAAUGCGGAAUAUGAUGAACAAUUUCAGUGUAAUGAGUAUGAACCAAUUGUAAUUGGCGGAUCAAGAGAUACCCGUACCGAGAA